AUGGUGAAGAGUUCCACGGCUACGUAACGUGCGUAAAACGGAAGUAAAGGUGGAAGCCGUUAGCCAUACUUUGUUCUUCUUGAAUGCCACUCUCUUUUUUUAGAUAAAUUCAGACUUCCGACGAGGCGGUGCCACCAUGUCCAAGGUAACAGGCAAGGUCUUGUUGAGGAAUGUUAUGCGCCAGACUGAUGCCCACAACAAGAUCCAGGAGGAGUCGGAGAUGUGGAAAUUGAGACAGUGGGAGAAACAAAUGUCCCAAGACAAACAUUUGCCAGCCACAGAAUGUAUGAGGGGUCGGAUGCACUGCGAUCGAGCGACAGAUUAUUCCAGGGACCAAGUUCGAAGCAAGGAGCGAGCCUCGGGCCAUGAUGACAGAGACGCGCGAUACUGGACCCGUAAACUGUACGAAUUUGAGGCCAAUGAUCCUGACAGAUGGGGACAUAGUGGUUUCAAGGAGCUUUAUCCCGAGGAAUUUGCAAGUGACAGUGAGGAGGCCAGCAGCACCAAGAAUGGCCAUCACAAAAAGAAAAAGUCCAGCACCGAUGCGGCCAAACCCAAACGCUCAAAAAAAUCAUCUCGGAAGAAGAAGAAGAAGAAGAAGAAAAAGAACGAGGAGGAAAAGCGAAAAAGAGUGGAGAGUUCGAGCAGCAGCGACGAGAGCAGUGCCAUCAGAUGCAAGGAGGGGAGAAAAAGGACUAAAAGCAAGCACAAAAACAAGAAGAGGGAGAGAAACCGAGAGCGAGAAAAGGACAGCAGCUCAGAGGAAAGUGAUGAUGAGGGAGAGCGGGAGAGACGGACACGCUCUCGCAAAAAACGAAAGCAGGACUCCCACAAAGGCUCAGACUCAGGGGUGGACUCGCAAAAGAGGAGGCGUAAAAAUUGGAAAGCAGCAAACGAGGAGAAUACAGAUGAUAGUUCUGGAGACUGAAACGGGCACACACACAGACACACACGCACACCCACAGAGCUCAGGUAAUGACUAGGAAAACUACAGAAGGCUCCUUUGUUUUUGUUGUCUGCACAGAAGCUUUUUCUCCGCUGUUGCUGUUCUGUGUUGUUCUCCGUUUGACACCGACAAACCCGUGUUGUCAGUCCUCUCCAUGGGCGUUCUUCAGAGCAAAAUCGCAUCGCCUCUGCAGAGGCCUGAAGCACACCGGAGUGAGAGGGAGCUGCAUUGUGCAGGAGGGAUUGUGGGGGAUCCUCCUCCUGCCUCAUAAAGGAUGCUGUUGGCUGCGGGCUCACUGAUCGAUUAUUGACUCCCGCCUCAGACUGUCUGUCUCGUAUGGCGUCUUUAUGUCCUGAAAUGACCACAGCACUAUGUGAUGUUUAAAACAAAAAAAAAAAAAAUGAAAAAAGCUAAAUCAAAGGCAGAUUAUGCAACUUUCCUCAACAGUUAUGACAGAUUUUACAUUACAUUUUAAUCAGUAUUGUUUUUUUUUUUUUGUAAAUUAUCUUAUCGUGUGCAACACACUGAUAAUGGAAAAAAUAAACCUAUUUUGAUGGUUUUUGUAAAUGUUUUUUUGUAACUGAACAAUCAGGAAGCCAUUUUGUUACAUGGGUCAUACACACUUUGAUGAUGAUGAUGUAAGUGAUCCUUGAAAAGUGGUCUUGCCUCAAGGGUCAAAUAUGUUUUAAUGUUUUUUUUUUUUUUUUUAAUGUAUUGUCAUACAUCAGAUAUUUUCAUUUGGUAUCUAAAUACAGAAAAAUGUAAGCU